AGGGCGAGGGCCCUGCCGGGCCCCGUGUGGCUGUCGGUGAGCAGCUCCCUGAACGCCUUCCGAGCCUGCAAGCGCUUCUCGCCUGCGCUCACCAUCGCCGAGCUCAAGUGCAAGCUGGAGCUGGUGGUGGGCUCCCCUGCCUCGUGCAUGGAGCUGGAGCUCUUUGGGGCCGAGGGACGAGCCUGGGGUGACAGGGCUGUGGACGAGGCCCUGCUGGGCUCCUACCCCAUCACCGGCGGCUGCCGCAUCCACGUGACCGACCGCAGCGGGGCCCGCGUGGGAGUUCGAGACCUGUCCGAGGUGCCCAGAGACCCUGUCCCUGCACUGUCCCUGUCCCCUGUCCCUGACCCUGUUCCUGUCCCCCCAGAGUCGAUGCGCUCGUUCCUGCGGCAGCGCUCGUGGGGCCGCUGGGACACGGAGGGUUCCCGGCGCCGGGAGCAGGAGCGGCAGCAGCGCCGGGAGGAGGAGGCGGCUCUGGCCGAGGCGCUGCCGCUCGGAGCCCGCUGCGAGGUGCGGGUGCCAGGGCAGCCCUGCCGCAGGGCCACCAUCCUAUACGUGGGUGAGACGGAUUUCAAGCCUGGGCACUGGGUGGGCGUUCGUUACUGAUGAACCCUGGGCAAACACGAUUCCAGCGUGGGUGGUCGCCGGUACUUCGAGUGCCCCCCCAAAUACGGCGCCUUCGUGAAACCCCAGAGCGUCACCCCCGGGGACUUCCCCGAGGAGGACGACGGGCUGGACGACGAGCUCUGAUCGGGGGGUCCCGGGGUGGGGGUCCCUCAGGGGUCCCGGGGGGAGAAACGGCCCCAAAUCGCUGCCUUUUCCCCUCCUUUCGGGGGGGUUUUUUUCCUCCUCCCCCUCCCCCCCAAAUCACCACCCCCUCCUCGUGUCACCCCCAAAAAGGGACCCAGAAAGGACCCCAAAAUCCCCUCCCCCUCCUCCUCCCCGAGGAGGGGGCGUGGCUUUUCUCGGAGGCCACGCCCUCCUGGUGUGAAAGUGGGCGUGGCUCGCGCGAUGGGGCGGGGCCGCAGCGAGGAUGGGCGGGGCCUGUCCCGCUGUGCCCCGCCCUCUCCCCUCCCUCCCCCUCCCCCUUUCCCAGUAAAGUGGCGUUUUAACGUGAAAAA